AUGUCUUCUGGUCAUGGUGUUCAAUGUUUUGUCGACAUCAGAGCUUUACUACAAGUUAUGUUAACACCACCUGAAGGUGGAUUCAUUUAUCUACCACCAAGUGCGCAAUGGACACAAGAAGGUGUCACUGUUGCUGGUGGUAAUGGGGAAGGCGAUAACGCCAACCAACUUAACUGUCUCCUUGGUUUCUGUCUCAUCCAUGACGACGAUGAUAAUCAACAACAGCAGAAGACAAUGGUGACGAUCAUCAUCGCUGAUUUCUGGAAUCAUCGUGUCGUCCAAUGGAAAACAGAUGAUACAAGCAAGAAUGGGCAAGUCAUUACCACUGGCGAAGAUGAAGGAAAUAAAUUGGCACGUUCAACUGAUGUGUUAUAUGACAAAGAGACUGAUAGCUUCCUUAUUGCUGAUUCGGGGAAUCAACGAGUCCUUCGAUGA